CCGAGGCCGCUCGGGACGGGGCACGGCGCUGCGCCGGGCGGAGGGGAGCGGGAUGGGCGCGGAAGGCGGGGCCGGCAGCGGAGGUGGAGGCUGCGGCCGGGCUCCCCCGCCUCUCACUCCCAUCUCCUCAGAGUCCGGCGGGCGCUCCGCUGCUGUCCCGCGGCCGCCUCGCCCUCCGAGCGGCGCUCCGGGCGCUGCCCCCCGCGGACGGAGCCGAGCCGAGCCGCGCCGCCGCUGCUGCCGCCCCCCGCGGCGCGGAGGAGAGGCCGGGCUGCCGGGCCGAGGGAGUUUCCACAAUGGAGAAGAGGGAAAGUGGUAAUCAUGCCAUUGAUCAGAAUGCAGGUCAGAGCAUCAUGCCAAGAAGAAAUACAGGAAAUCUUAACUACUUGAAUGUGGAUAUGCAAGUUGCCAAUCCAUCAGAAGCAGCUGCACUUUUUGAUUUACAUCAAGCACACCAUUUUGGUGAGUUUGAACACUCUUCAGAGCUGCACUGCAAGCAGGAUCUGUUCCCUAAGUGGCACUUGCCAAUGAAGAUAGCAUCUGUGAUCUCAUUAUUAACAUUUAUUUACACUUCCAUGAGAGAUGUCAUAUAUCCUUUUAUAAACAGAAAGGAAAACGUUUUCUAUAAAAUUCCAAUCCUUGUCAUAAACAAAGUUUUACCAGUGACUUCAAUUACCCUUUUAGCAUUAGUGUAUUUACCAGGAAUAUUAGCUGCUGGUUUCCAGCUGUACUUUGGCACCAAGUAUAAAAGGUUUCCCCAGUGGCUGGAUAGAUGGAUGUCAUCAAGGAAACAAUUUGGACUUCUCAGUUUCUUCUCUGCCACACUGCACGCCUGCUAUAGCCUGUGCUAUCCAAUGAGAAGAUCAUACAGAUACAAGCUGCUGAACUGGGCAUUCCAGCAGGUCAAACAAAAGAAAGAAAAUGCCUGGAUUGAACAUGAUGUUUGGAGAAUGGAGAUUUAUGUGUCUCUAGGAAUUCUGGGACUUGCUUUGCUGGCCCUGUUGGCAAUAACAUCAAUUCCAUCUGUCAGUCACUCUUUGACCUGGAGAGAGUUCCACUACAUUCAGAGCAAGAUGGGAUAUUUAGCCCUGCUGCUAUGCACUGUUCAUGCCCUGGUGUUUGCUUGGAAUAAGUGGGUUGAUGCUAACCAAUUCAUCUGGUAUACGCCACCUUCAUUUAUGGUUGCAGUUUUUCUGCCUAUUGUAGUUCUGCUUUGUAAAUGCAUUCUGCUCCUCCCAUGUUUUAGGAAGAGGAUAAGAAAAAUCAGAAGUGGUUGGGAAGCUAAGACACAAGCCAAUCAAGCCAGCAUAACUUCCAGACUGUAGAUCAAAUAUGGACAUUUUCCAUCUAUGUAUGGAAAUAUGCUCAAGGCCAUGAAAUUUUCAUUCAUGAGCUGUUUUCACAUUUGCUAUAGAUGUUUCUUUCUCACUUUUCUUUUUGACUUCAGAAAUAUGAGAUACUUGAUGCAAUUUUCGUCAUUUUCAAAGAUGGAAAAUGAAAACAUUUAUUUUAUACUUUAAUCUAUUCAGUGUUUUGGUAUUUGAUGAUUUCUUUGUGCUGGCUCACUGCUUUUAAAAUCCAAGUGUUUCAUUAUCUCAAUCUCAGUUCUUUCGUAUGCAAAAGCAAUCAUAAAUCAUUUCUCCAGAUGACCAUAGAAAGUAAAAAAACGAUUACACCACAGAGCCCAGGAAUGCUUUCUGCUUCGCACAGCCAUGUGUGUACCUUCAUGAAAUCUCAGAAUUAUAAUGGGACAGAAAUGAGAGAAUUUAUUAUCCCAUUGCCUCUUAGCACCUGCAGCCUCUGUUUCACUAUGCCAAGUGGAGACCUUGGCAUAUGAGCCAGACAGAGAAACUGUGUAUUCCUGCAAGGUCUUGAAUGUACACAACUGGGCAAGCAGAAUUACAGGGAUCUUUACAAGGUAAAUAUCUCCUGAGGCUUGGGCACAGUCUAAAAAAAGAGUUUUUAGAUUCAGAUCUCCAUCUUAUCCAGAACCGGGUGUGUCGCUAUUUACUUGAAACCAUGAAACAUUUCCCAUUUUUUAUUCCAUGAACAUGUUCUUUUGUUUCUGAUGCUGGAAAUUUUCCAUGCUUUUGACCUAAGCCUACAGCCCUUAACAUGUGUUAAACUUUAUUUGCACAAAUUAUUCCAGUGGGAUAACUCUAUCAGGUAAGUGUGUUUUUUUGUUUACUCUAGAGCCAGCACAAUUGUGUGACUGGAAGAAAAACAUUAAAAAUAGACAUUUGAAUCUUGCCAUUGAUUUGGUGAGAUUCUCGUGUUAAAUGAUUUCCAAAUGCAUUUUCUUUUACAGGAAUUUUCCAGUAACUUUAAUAAGCUCAUUAAAACCUGCUUUCCUUACAUUGCAUAGGUCUGGCUGAAGUUUUAAAUGAAUAAUUGAUUUGUUAAAAUCUGUUUUGAAAUGUGUUAUUCAGUAGCAAAUAUUUUCACCCAGCAUCAGGAACAUUUCUGCCAGUCUGCCUGCAGGAAUUGACUAGGACUUAGACUGUUGAUGCUACAUAUUGCUGGUAUCCUCUGAAUGAGAACUGUAAUUGCUAACAGAUCUGGUAUUAAAACAAACAGAAAACAACACAUACCUAAAAAAUAUGUAAUACAUGGUGCUAAUGAAUCUGUUGUCCCUUUCUGGACUUUUACAUGGAGCAUACAUAACAGACAAAUUAAAUAGCUCCAGGGAUAUUACAUUUUGUAUUUUCCUGGUUGUUACCAUUCAAUUAUUGCACUUAAAAGAUGGCCUUUUGUGAAUUUGCAUGUAGUGUAGUACUGAGAAAGUAACUGAAGACAUAGUGGCCUGUAGAAUAUAAAUUGUAAUCUGUGGCAUUAUAUAUCGAGCCAGUAAUGCACGUCAGAGGCCAAAACCCUACAAUACAGAAAACUACUGCAAUGUUAAUCUAAGUUUCUAACAAAGCAGGAAAAGUAUGGUGCUUAAUUCAUUUCCAUUUAUAUUUCCAUGAAUGAAAUAAAUCUUUUAUAAGUAAUAAGCUCUAUGCAAUUGUUACAGAAGGUAGUGAAGAUAGCAUAACUUCAUUCAUUUCAACUAGUUAAUAUGGUUUGAAUUGAUAACAUAAAUUACAGGGCCAAACCAGUUUCAAGAUCAUCACAUACUAUCCAAACUGACCUUUUAUGCUCAUCAUUCAGCUGUGGGCAUUAAUCACACUUCAGACUUUUCUCUCUAGCAUUGCCCAGAGGCAAACCCAGAAGUGUCUUCUACAACAUGAAACUUAUAUACAGUCUACAAAAGCUAUUUAAAAAAUCACACUACAUCCAAACACUCAAGCAUGCUUUUCCCUACUGAUUGUUUCAAGUAGGUUUUCUGUGUCACAUCUAGACAUUUCUCUAGAAGCUACCAUUGAAUGCUUGUAGCCAGAACCUGAGACUUCAUAUUGGAGUCUCUUCACUGCUUUGUAAGUCUCAAUAAACUGUGUCUUAGUAACUCACUUCCCAGUCUGCAGGCUGCUCAGGGAAGUGGUUGACUCACCAUCCCUGGAGGUAUUUAAAAAACAUGUAGGUGUGGUGCUUAGGGACAUGCUCUAAUGGUGGGCUUGGCAGUGUUAGAUUUAUGGUUGGACUCAAUGUAAAUGACUCUGUGAUUUGCUUUUUAGGCAUUCAGAUGCUAACAGUGAGGGAGAUUUAUAUAGGGCUUAGAAGAAAAUGCCAUUGACAGUAUUAAAUUUCUCUAUUUGUAGCAGACAUGAUUUAGUUCAAUACUGAUGAAACUAAGUUCAUAUGUACAUUUUAAUUUAUGUUUAUGUACCUGUUUCAAAAUUCAAUGUAUUAAUAGGCCUAUAUACUAUUAUAAUACAAUAAUUGAAUGUAUGUGCACAUUUUAGGCACUUAUUUAUGUAACACUAAUUAGUUUUAUAAAACUGUGUGUUAUUAAAUGCUUCAAUGUAUGCUGUAUCUGCCAUUGUGUCAUAUACAUCCAGGGUAAAAAGGUAAAAAGGCACAGUACACUCUAGAAGAGUUGCUGAUAUAAACAGUCAAGGGGAACCAUUUUCUCCACACUAGUGAUGAGCCUGGAACCUCCAAAGGAGAGAAAAAGACGUGGAAAGAAAAAUGGACACUUUCAUAGCGUAAUGAAAUCACAUUUUUCCUGACAGAACCUUUAACUGUAUAUUCUAGCACUCAGAGAUUCUGUGAGAAGGAAGAGAAGGCUUUGGAGGGAGACCCAAGAUCUGGAAAUACUGAUCAAAGACCAAGAGAAGUUCAAGAAUAGCAAGUGCAUUGAGGGAGGGCAUGUACGGGCAUACUUCUGUCUAAGAAUCCAUCAUUCUAGUGGCAGUGGCUUUUAAAUGUCUCUACAAGGCCUGCAAAGAACUUUUUUCUGUUGUUACACAUUUCCAAUGUGUUUGAGAGACACAGAAUUGAAACUCUGGAGAUACAAAUUGUUAGAGGGGCCUGAGAAAUUUUAUUCCAAAUUCAUUUGAAGAGGUCAUAGCCAGAAUACUCUUCCCAAGAAAUGAUAGCAGCAAUCAUUGUUCAGGAAGCUAGAGCCAGGUCUGUGUUGGCUAUUGUGAAACACAAAUUCCUGUUGACAGCAGCAUUUACUGUAAGCAGUCCCUCCCUUUGGCCACUCUUCUCUGUUCUCUCAGUGCUGCAAGGCUUUAAAGAUGUGAAGUUCAUCAGACCAGGGGAGUGGAUCCAGUUGAAAAGUAAUGCAGAGAGAAGAAUGAUUCAGCCAGAUCCACUCAUGGGUCUGAUUCAGCUCCCAGCCAUGCACGUGUCAGUAGGAAGGACGAGAAGAGGAAUGGUGUAAACAGGCAGUUUAACUUAAACCAGCCCUAAAUGAAAGGUUCCAAGUGCUCCUAAAAGUUAAAACUUACAUUAUUUCAUCCUAUUUCAGUAGCAAGAAUAUUCCCUUCAUUUUUUUUUUUGGUCACGUUCUUAGUUUUCCAUGAAUCAGUGGGCAAAAAUGUGUUCUAGAAAUUGUCAUCAAAACCCAUAUAAAACUGACUUCUGUGUGACUGUGGGCUACGUGGUUUCAUUUGUAGAGAUGAUAAUCUCACAUCUGCUCUUUUCUCCUACAUCAAUAGUUUCUAGGAUUGUCCCUCAACUACAAAAAUGCUAUGUUAACAGUUUUUGAAAUUCAAACUAAUUUCUUUUAAACUGGUUUUUCUGUAAAUGGCAUGAAAGGAGUAAUUUUUUAAAAACCCAAAAAGACCAAUUUUUGAAAACAUCCCUGAAGAAUGUAAUCUGCUGCAGUUGCUUUAAGUGUCUGGCAAUGGCUGAUCAUUUCCACUGAUGUUUUUUCAGUAAUGCCAGGAUUUCUUGAUCCCAUGAGCAUACUCUGUUGCUGAUGGCAAAAUUACUUCUUAUUAUUUCUUUUAUUAAAACAAGUCUCAUUGAAUUCAGUUGUAUUAGGGUUCAAUUUUUGCAUCAUUUUUUGAACUUUUCUGUAGAUUAAAUUUAACAUUUGAAUGGGAGCAGUGAGGCUAAUUUAUUAAGUAGGCAUAAUAGGUUUUCAGAGAUUUUUCAGCUGAAAAUACAUAAAACCAAUCCAGGAACCUAACUCUAUAAACAUAAAAAAGACCACAGCUACUUUCAAUAAAGAUGAUACAACAGAA